AGCCAAGGGAAAAAUAAACAAAUGAAAAAAACUGAAUUUUUUCGACAAAAAAGAUGUCUCAGUAUACUCAAGAAAAUGGACCUGCUGAUUAUUUUCCUCCAAUUGCGGCACUGUUCCAAGGUGGGAUAGUUCCGAGCUCAGUGGCCCUGCAGAGCCUGAUCGCUGACAUAGAUGGACAGAUGGAUGCCAACACUAAACAGCUGGAUAGUUGCUUGCAGUCAAUCCUUAACACUGCCAACAAUCUGCCCAGUAAUCAAACCUUCUCCACACCAAAAGACGCACUUGGGUACAUGUGUAACAGCCACACACUUGAAAAGGACACGUGUUACGACCCAGAAACAGAUGAAGCUGUGGCUAUUAUCAUGGCACUGUGUGAUUCCCUUGAGAAGAGACCAGGAACUGAAGAAUCAAUCCUGCAGGAGAUUUUAAGCCUGUCCUCUGAUGAGGGCCUGUUGUUACCUCUAAGGUGCUCACAGUUGGCUGCAGUGAGCCAUUCAUCCAGUUCACUCAACAUCCAGCUGGACACUGGGGACCAGCUUAUAGAAGGUAGAUGGGCAAAACUGAUCCAAAGCAUCCAAAAGCAUAUUGUGUCAGAGCUGUUAAAGAUACCCACACUAGGGCAGAAUGUCAGAUGCCCCUGGGCUGUUAUUGAGCGACGCCUCGACCUGGUUGGAGGCUUAAGGUCCUUGGCUACGGACGACGAGGCGUGGGUGACCUAUCGUAACGUACGCGGCCAGCAGCUGGAGCAGCUGUUUAACUCCCUGCUGUUGGACAGCGACUCGGAGAACGUCAACUACAAGGAGCUGUGCUGUAACUGCGAGGCUGUGGCUGACAGGAUCAUGGAGAUGAUUGAAGAGGAUUUCUCCGUGUUGUGCACGGGCGUCUUUAAAAAACUUGGAGGAAUCUACAGGAUAUUACAUGACCUGUACCUGGAGAAAUACUCAGAUGAGAUGUCUGUCCUUGUGGAGGAGAUAGCUGAUGACAUCAGAGAGUUCAAUAAAAAAGUGGUCAAAGCAUCCAAAAGUGACCACGGCCUAGCCAAGUCUGAAGCUGGUGGCAGCAAAGCUCCACAGCCUAAAGCUGGGUCAAGGGGAAGUUUAGGUGCGACUUCUAGCGCCGACCUGUGGGCAUCCAAAACACCAACUCUGUCCCAGAGCCUAGACACCAUGUUUCUUGCUUCAAGUUAUAAAGUAGACAAGGAGAAGACUGCUGGGCCUAGAUUACAAAAGCAAUCAAGUAUGGCCUUCCCUAAAGACUGCAUCACAGCUUUGAAGCACAUAGCCCUGUCUCUGAUGAAGCUGGAAGAUUUUCUGGACAGCCUGGCCAAAAUGACCUCGUGGGAUGUCACUGGCCUGCCCACCACCAAGAAGGCCAAGAAAAAAUCCAGUCUAAGAGGUGUCCUGAAGCCUAGCUCAAGCCCAGAGAUCAAGAGACACUCCCUGAAUCUUGGCAGCAGUUUCAGCAGCAGUGACACGCCCUACGACUCCUCCACCCCCACCAUUGUUCUACCAACAGCGCAACCUUCUGACAGUACACCACCACCUAAAGUGGUGGAGAGAAACAGAUCUGAAGACAAAGUCCGCUGGGACUGGAGACUCAUCUUUAAAAAAAUCGCCUCCGGUCUGGCCACGGCCAUUGAAACCAAACUGGACAUGACCAUGUCCUCUACCCUAUCCCAUGAGACCACCUACUGGACAACGGAGCAUGUUCUGGAAACUUCUGAGGUGGAUUUUGCCCAGUUCAGUGAUAGCAUGGACCACCCUUGGAUAGUGUCAAAGGAUACUCAGGAGUUCAUCAAUGCUGUAAAUGAGUUGCUCCCCCUUGCUCGAGCUGGGAUUGAAGGCUGUCUUAUUCCAGUCAGAACUGCCUUCAUUGACUCCAUUGGGAUAGCUGUCAAAAAUUUUAAUCUUCACUGUGUCACUCUGAGCAAAGAUGUCCCCCAGAAGGCCAGCUUGAAGCAGCUCCUGAUCAUCAUCUCCAACGCUGUCCACAUCAAGAACUGCCUCACCCACCUGGAGAAUGUGCUCUCAGUUGAAGACAACAACAAGAAGUUCAUGUCCAGCCUAAUGAAGCAAUAUGCUGACCUGGUGGAUGGGCUGGGCAAGUAUCUCUUGCAGGUUCACCAUCAGCUCAUGUCCACGGCCGUCCUGAGUGAUGCAGAUAGUGGGAGCUGGACUGAGAUUAAAGAUUUCUAUGAGGAUGAGCGCUGCUCCUUCACCAUCCAGAUGUGGAACUUUUACCUGCGCAGUGUGCAGCACGACAUGUGGACAAUCCUCCCACCGAAGUUGGCCCACAAUUUGUUUGGUUCCCUCCUUCAGGACUCGCUGCUGAUCCUCAUGCAGAGGUACUCGAGGGUCAAGCCCAGCUUCCGCAGGGUCAAACAGUACAGGUAUGACAUCACCGCAGUCCUGUUAUGUGUGUCCGACCACCUUCUGAAGGCCUGCUCGUCUGUGUCCCAGUACCUUGACCCUGGACACAACGAACUCCCCCACUACAGCAUCCACAACCAGUGUUCUAACCUGUUGGCCAUGUUAGCCAUUGUUUCAUCACCAAUAGAGACUUUAUACAGGGUAUUCAAGCGUGGCUACAAUCGCAAGAUUGAGAGUCAAACAAGCGGAGAUCUACAAGUAGGUUACAACUCUCAUUGGUUGCACUACAUUUGGCCCUCGCUGAUUCACUCAGGGACUAAACACUAUGAUGACAUGCAGACAGCAGCAGCCCUGUACCUCCAUCUGUCUCUGUUUCUAAAUCAGCCACAAACUGAUUGGGGGGCCUUGACCCAGGCUCUCUUCAUGAAGGACCAGACUCUGUCCAUCCUACUCAUCACCAGGACAUGUAUGCUGGACAGUUCUCAGUCAUCCAUACUGGCCAGCAAUUUUAGAACAAAAGCGCCGCUCGCAUCCAGCAUCAGCACCGACAUCUCCCCUCCCACUGCCAUCCUCCUGGCCCAGCACUCAGCCCAGUCCUCCACAGAGUCCAACUCACCUGGGGACAACUAUUCUCUCUCACCUGUCACGGACCUACCUGUCAUGAUGGAGAUUGACACGUCCUCAGACAUCCAGCAGGUUGUGGAUGCUGUUGUCCACAUAGCGGCUCAAGUCCGUUACUUCCCUCACGCUUUGGCUAAAUGUAUUGUACCCACUAUAGAAAGACUGGCUUGCUGGGAAAUGUUUAACAUCAGAAAUCCUCUUGUCACUCCUAGAAUGCUGGUACCAGAGUGGCUGGUGGCUGUGUUCAAACUAAUGGACCCCUUCAUUGACAGGACCCUGGAGCCUAUGCUGAGGUACAUCAAUCGCGUAAAGCCAGCAGACAAGUACAUACGGCCGGUCAUCUCAUACGUGGCUGACCUGCCUUGUGGGUGUCCACCUAACUACUCACUCAAAGAUCACCCAAAUCCUCCAGAUAUGAAAGAGGUCCUGACCAGAUGUAUUCAGCUGGUGAUCCUAGAGAUAGAGAAGUGUAUUGUGGUACUGCCCUCCAGCCUGUGCUGUCUCUUCAAUGCUAUAGACAGCAACUGUAGGGACCAAGGGAUCAAGACUAGCCACAGUUGUGUGGCUUUUCAGAUCAUUACCUGGGCCAUGUGGCUCCGCUUGAGCCAGUUUGCUGCUGGCACGGAUAAACUUGGCUCCAUCAUCAGCUCUGAUGUUAGAGGUUACAUGAUGACCUUGGCCGACAGUCUGUUUCACGUCCUGGUCUAUGGUAAAGGACUCUCUACACCCCAGUUCCCUGCCAAGUUUAUGAAAAGCAACAAAGAAUGGCUGCAGCUGAGGAUUCAAAGUAUCAGAUCCUACAUCAUUGAUGAGUUUCAUGGCCAUUCUAGUACUGAUAUCACUGAGGCCACAACCAUCACUUUCACAGAUCACAUCUUUAGUAUGAUAGCCUCUAGUAUUAUGGACACACCCAAUGGCUACCAGGAGUUGAGCACAUUAUGUAACCUGGUGCGCAACAACGGACCCUGGCUACUGGAGCAGAUGGACAUCCAAAGUCCACUGACCAGCAGCACUGACAGCAGACAGAAGAAGCUCAGCUUUAAGCUCGAGGUCUCUGCCCCACCCAGGCCGGCGGAGUUUAACCCCAUAAAAGAGAUGAACAGCAUUGGGGCAUGUUCUUUCAACCAGAAAGCUAUCAUUGAGUUCCCGUUUGAUUGGCUGGCCUUGUUAACCAGCGACCUGGGGCUGAGCCAGGCAGCAUUCCGCACACUGCUGAUGAACAGGCAUGAGAUGCAGGAUGGCGCCACGCUGGAGGAGAAUGAGAAGAAGCCAGUGGAUGUUCUCAAAGCAGUUUAUGAACGUUGAUGGGUUGUUUCAGGACGAACUGUGCCAAAAUGUUUUUUUUCUUGUUUUAUGGGGGUUGUUUUUUUUUGGCAUUUGAUAGUGUAUAAAUUAGAGUA